AUGGCUGUCGCUCCAAGCGGACGCGAAGUCCUCCUGGAAGAGCAUCAGGAAAACAAUGCCGUCAUCAAGGAAGUUGUCGCCAUCAGCAAGCUGACCAUACCGAUUUUCCUUUCCAUGGUCUCCUGGGUGGCAAUGAAGGUCACCGACACGGCAGUGCUCGGCCAUGUGGGCACCGGAACUAGGUACUUGGAUGCCACGGCACUCAGCGACCUGUGGACAUCGUCAAGUGGAGUUUUCAUUCAAUCGAGGAUCGUGAGUACUUUUUGUGGCCAAGCCUUCGGGGCAGGGAACAAGAUGCUGGUUGGAAUCUGGCUUCAGGUUUCUUACGUUGUGCUUCUUUGCGUUAUGUUGCCUGUGGCCGUCUGCUGGAUAUUGACCGGCCCGGUCUUGCAAGCGAUCCACAAGACGCCUCAGGAAGUCUCUGAUGCAAGCUACUACGCGCUGGUGCUUGCCCUGUGCCUUCCAGUUCGCAUUGGCUUCUCUCAGCUGAACUGCUUCUUCAGCUCGCAGAAGAUCAUGAGACCCGCCGUUGUCUGCUCUGUGACCGGCAUGGUCAUGAAUCUCAUUGGCAACCUGGUGCUGGUUCUGGGCCUCGGAAUUCCGAACUGGAGCGGCUUGGGAUUCCCUGCCUGUCCGUGGGUAACCACGUGCGUGGAGUUCAUUCAGCUUUUCAUUUUAUGGUACGUCUAUUGCUACUGGCAGCAGCUGCACAAAGAAUGCUGGCCUGGCUGGUCCAUGGACCUCCGCAUUCCGGGUGAGCCCUUCUAA